UCCUAAAUUCGUCCGAUAACCUUAACCGUGAUUCCCAAGUUUCUUCUCCGAACCCUAAAACACUUGUAUUUACUCCUACUUCACUCCGGAGUCUCUCUGAGUUGCCUAAUUACUACUUGUAUUCUUCAUAUAAAACCAAAACUCCAUCGCUAAUUCCUCCCUGAAUUAUUUCACAACACAAAAAAAGCCCUAAACUUUCCUUAUCUAAACUCUGUUAUUUUUUUCUCAAGAACCCAAUCAACAGCUAUGUCGUUGGAUCCUGAUGAAUACGCUGAUCUCUGUGCUGAUACUCGACAAGAUCCUGAUUUCGAAACUAGAAGACUUAUAGUUGAAUCACCUACUGCAAAAGCUAAGCGUAUUGAAGCGUUGAGAGCUAGAUGUGCUGGUCUCAUCCAUAAAUCGGAGGUUUUUCUUCAUCUAACUGAUGAGAAAUCCCAUUCCCUUAAGAUGCGACAAGCCAAAUUGAAAAGACAGAGAGACAGGGCAGCAGCAAGAUUGGCAUUAGAAAAAUUGGAAAAGUCUAUUCAGGUCUAUGAUCCCCUUGCUGCCAUGAGGGAAUAUGAGAUGCUUAUAUCUUGUAAUGCGCCAUACAGAAAACUCGAUUGGCAUCAGUUUCUGCAAAGUAGUGGUAUCUCUAUCAAAUAAACUUAAGUUUGAUCUAUGUAGUCCGUUUUAUCGGUUUUAGGCUCUUUUUUUUUGCUUUUCAAUUUCAGUAUAAAAGUGAGGAGAGUAUGUGGAUGAUGUAAUUAUAAGACAAUGAAGAAGAAGAUAGUCUGUGUAUAUUGGGGCAUGACUGGCAUAUGAU